AAGAAAUUUCAAUCAAAAAAUCUAGCAACUAGCAAGCAAGCAGCGAUUUCUUUUGGCUGAUUUGGAGAAUGAGAUCCCGAAAUUUCGAAUAAAAUUUCAAAUUUGGAUCAUCUAAUUAAACCGAUCUUCAAGAUAAACAUCAAAAAUUCGAUUAAAAAAUGGCCGAUUCCAGCGCUAAAAAAGAACCGAAAGUGAAAGAAGGCGCUAAAUUGCCGGCUGUACCGGAACCAGUGUUGAAGCGGUACAAAUCUCGAAUCACUCACAAAAAGAAAUCUUUAACCAAACAAUUGAAAGCCAGACAAACGAGGUAUAUUAACAAACAGAAAUGGUUGAAACGCGCCGAAAAAUACGUUCGCGAGUACAGAAACAAGGAACGCGAUCAAUUACGUUUGGCGAGGAAUGCCAAGAAAGCUGGCAACUAUUACAUUCCUGCUGAACCGAGAUUGGCUUUCGUCAUCCGUAUCCGAGGUAUCAAUCAGAUCCCACCAAAAGUUCGUAAAGUUUUACAACUUUUCCGUCUUCGUCAAAUAAACAACGGAGUAUUCGUGAAAUUGAACAAGGCUACUAUCAAUAUGUUACGUGUCUGCGAACCCUACAUCACCUGGGGUUACCCGAACUUGAAAAGUGUACGCGAAUUGGUUUACAAAAGAGGUUACGCUAAAAUUAAGGGUCAACGUAUUCCCGUUACCAACAAUCGUAUGAUUCAAAAGAAAUUAGGAAAGUACGGAAUUAUUUGUAUGGAAGAUUUAGUACACUCCAUUUACACUUCUGAUCGCGUAUUCAAACAUGCCUCUCGAUUCUUCUGGCCUUUCAAACUGAACACUCCUACCGGUGGUUGGCGCAAGAAGACGACUCACUACGUCGAAGGUGGAGAUUUCGGUAACCGCGAAGAUGCUAUCAAUAAGCUUUUGAGAAAGAUGGUUUAAUGGACGAUUUGUAAUAUGAUUUUUAAUAAAUAUGUUAAAAUUA